AUGAAACGGACUAAUCCGUACCAAGAGCAUAGCCGACACCAAGCCACAAAUGCCAACAACCAGGACAUGAACAACCGAGCUAGCGGGGGCAGAUUGUGGGCCUGUGCAGAAACCCGGGGCCAGCGACAAGGACAGCAGGAGAAGAGGGAAUUAUCUAAGCAGGUACAAACACUGCUAUUGAUGGGAAUCGGCUGAUCCAGAUGCAGGACACUAAGCUGGAGCUCCGCGCUACAAACCAUGGACGCUCCACACUAGACUAUAUGCUCAAUGCUUACAACCGAGAAUACCAUCUUGCCUACAGCUAG